UAAUAGUAAGCAGUGAAGAAGUGACCAACUGAUUCACUUUUCCAUCUCAUAUCUCCCCCUCCCUCCCUCCCUCUCUCUCCCACACACACCUUUCUAAUUCUUUUUGCUUAUUUCUCCCGGAAAAUUUAUAAUUAUUUUUACAUAUAUAAUCAUAUUUAGAGAGCCAGGAAUUUUUUUUUUCCUUAAAAAAAGAAAGAAUGUUUGCAGAAGAAAAUGGUUUACAUGGAGACCCAAGAAUUAAGGCCAUAUCAGAUGCCAUAAGAGUUGUUCCCCACUUCCCUAAACCAGGGAUAAUGUUUCAAGACAUAACAACACUGUUGUUGGAUCAAAAGGCGUUCAAGUACACUGUUGAUAUCUUUGUUGAUCGUUAUAAAGACAAGCAAAUUUCUGUUGUUGCUGGAGUUGAAGCAAGAGGAUUCAUAUUUGGUCCGCCUAUCGCAUUGGCUAUUGGUGCCAAAUUUGUCCCCCUCCGCAAACCAAGAAAGUUGCCAGGAGAAGUUAUAUCUGAAUCAUAUGUGCUGGAAUAUGGUACAGACUGUCUAGAGAUGCAUGUUGGGGCAGUACAACCUGGGGAGACCGUGUUGAUUGUAGAUGAUCUAGUGGCUACAGGAGGAACCCUCUCUGCAGCCAUAAGGCUUUUAGAACGUGUUGGAGCUGAGGUUGUGGAAUGUGCCUGUGUCAUUGGGUUGCCACUGGUGAAGGGCAAUUGGAGGCUAAAUGGCAUACCACUUUACGUUCUUGUGGAGCCUCGCCUGGAUGACAUGGAAGAAGAAACCUUAUGAGAUGCUGCGAAACACAAGGUAGGGAAACACACUUGGUGGGCGGGUUUCCCUUUAAACAUCUACAUUUUCGGCUUUGAAGUUUAGGAUUUGUGGUGAAGGACAAAUCCAUCUUCUAGUAUCCAUCACAAGCACCGAUCUUUCAGCAGUCUUGGCGUUGUUUUGCCCGUUGCUUUUCUUGUUACAAAACAAGUUUAGUAUGGAGAGAUUGGAAAUGUAAUUGUUAGGUUUUGGCUGUUUAGGAUUUGUAUCCCAUUGAAAGAUUAGCUUUGGUGGGUGCACUUUGUAGGCGAACACAUUACUUUUAUUGAAUCCAGAACUCAGAUUUUAUGAAUAUAUUGUCUGGUGCUUUCCUUGAAAA